AUGCCAAGCCACAGAUCUGCCUUCACACACGCACUCCUCGUCGAGGCAUCGUCGGAUCUCCGCUAUUCAGUGCGGAAGCGAGCUAGCGGACUAGUUUUGUCGGCGGCGUGCUGCGAUAAAUAAAUAACAAGUCAUCACUGCUGCGCGGCGACGCGCUGGAUUGUAAUUCACGCUGUUUUGCUGUAGAUGUGACAGCCGGCGGACGGAACUUUACACUGGGAAACCGCAGGUGAGUCAGGAGAGAGGCUACACCUGCGGGCUAUUUCCCCCCUCGCCGCAUUUUAACCCACUUUGCCUCCCAACUCCACUUGUUGAUAAGCCGCCAACAGGCUGUCAGCGUAUUCAUACCUCAGAGAUACUCAUAUGCGUAAUUUGGAUACGGCUGCAGGAAGUUUUGCUAUGUGUGUGCGCCACGGGCAGAUGGCGGGGGUGAUGUUUGGCGAGUGGUAACACCUCAGCAUCAGAUCGCAUUACAGGCUGCUACCGGGGAGCAGCGGCGGCAUGGGGAACCAGGUGGAUAAGUUGUCACAUUUAAGUUACGCAGAAGUUCCCACGGUGGACCCGAACGGCGUGGACACCGAGGACGGUCCACGCAUCGGCGUGUCUUACAUAUUUUCCAACGACGAUGACGAGCUGGAGGAUGGCAGUGCCGUAGAUGGCACCGAUAAGGACCAGAAUCAGGAAGAGAAGCACUACGACCAGCGCGACGAGGUCGAGUGCGCCGUCUACAACCGAGAUGAAUGCAUUUACGAGAAGAGCGUCAAGUCCAGCGACCUGGAGGCUUACUCCCCGGAGAAUCUAUUGAACAAAUGCAAAGCUGGUGACCUGGUCGAGUUCGUGGCCACCGGCCAGUACCCGCACUGGGCCGUGUACGUGGGAGACUUCCAGGUGGUGCACCUGCACCGAUCCGAGGUGAAGAACAGCUUUUUGACAGAUGCCAGUCAAGGCAGGAGAUGUCGGAUUGUGAACGACCUGUACAAAUUCAAGGCUCUCGGUGCGGACAUGGUGGUGCAGAACGCGAUGGAGCAAGUGGGCUUGAAGGACCGAGAGUUGAGCUGGAGAAAUUCCGAGUGCUUUGCAGCCUGGUGCAGGUUUGGCAAGCGUGAGUUCAAAAUGGGUGGAGAGAUACGGAUAGGCAAACAGCCCUACAGGUUGAAAAUAUUCCUGUCCGACAAACAAGCACACGUGCUGGAGUUUCAGAGUUUAGAGGACAUGAUCAUGGAGAAAAGAAGAAACGACCAUCUUGGCAGGACAGCCGUCUUGCAGGAGCUUGCCAAUCAUUUCAGUGUGGAGGAGAUUAAAAGUGAACCAGGCGCCGAGUGAUUUCUCGUCUAACUGGUUCCCUUUGCAAGCUGACGGUUUUCUUUCAAAUCAUUGCUUUGCAAGUAGAAUAGCUUAACCAGACAUAUUUUUUAUACCUUGCUUUGAUCUAUAGCAAACCUUCACUGUUUCGUUUUUUUGUCGGAAGACUUAAUUGAAGCACAAAUCCCACAAUUUACAAUAGGAUGCUCAUUUUGUCAUCAUGCCUUUUGGUCCCAGUGUUUUCAUAUAGGUCUAUAUCAAAGUUAAUGCCUUAAAGCCACAAUCCUCAAUAUCCCUGGAUGCAUAAUGGCCUUAGCAAUUAUGAAUUCAAUUAUCUGAAAGUAAUUGAACUGAUUCAAUUAAAUGAUAUGCCCAUAGCACCCCCCCUCCAGAGAAUGUAUAGUUGAUAAUUGCCUUACAAGCCUAGUACCGCUGUCUUAACCUGUUGUAAGCCCAUCAGUAAGGGGUGAAUGUUUCUCUGCUCAUAUCCUGUUUGGCGUGCCACUCCUCAGUUUACCCACACAUCAUCAAAGUUUUGCAAGAAGGAUUCUGCCUUUAAGGCUCACUCUUAAACCAGAAUCUGUGGAAAGUGGAAAACAUGUUGUGGAGCUGGCCUGCAUUAAGCCGAACAAAGCAGCGAUUAACUGUACCAGACACUGAAGUCAAGUAAACCCUCAUUCUUUGUCACCUCUGGAUAGUGAGUGUUGUUGUUUAUGCUGUCACAUCCUGUAUGAAGCUGGCCUACACAGUGUUGCAUUAACCACAUACGCACUCAGAAUUCACACCGAUUUCAAGAGUACUCCUCUGAAUGCAUCUGUGGCUGCUGGGUCUUUUGAUUAGCUAGGCUGUGUGCUCUAUCUGCAUUUAUUUUAAAGGGCUAUUUCUCUUAUUUUCAUGUUUUCAGAUGGUUCUUACAUGUUAAGUUUAGUGUGAUGCCUUUAUUCAUACAGAACAAAAUAUGCUUUAUCUAAACUCCGAAUGCAACAAAUGCCCAAAUAGGAAAAAUCGCAUAUGUCUUGGACUUUUCCCCUAUAGAUGUCUAUUUUAAGAUUGGACUUCUACCAUACCAGAAAGAGUUUGCACUCUUUCAUUUCCUGUGGUAAGGCCAGCCAUUAUUAUUAUCAUAAUAAUGAUAGUAAUGCUAAAUGAAUAUGAGAGUCAUAUUUCUUGGUCACUCAUGUACCUCAAUAAAACGAGAGAUUUUACCUAAAUGUACAACGUCAGGGUUGCCUCACUGAUUUGCCUUGAAGCGGUAUAGAUUUUUCUUAUGUUCCCAUGGCCAAAGAAACAAGCCAGUUUCAACGUCUUAGUGUUUACACUAUCUUAGAUUUAAUGUUACAUUUGGAAAUUGCUCUGUGAAGGUGAAAAGCUCUGCUGCUUUCAAUACAGGGACAACCUCCGUUUAUUACAUUAGUUCUCUGUUAUCCUGUUGACAAGGAAUAAUAGUCUAAUUGGUUUAGUAAAAGCCUCAAUCUGGAUUUUUGAAUCUGUAAAUGAGGGGCAUAAAGUAAGCUUUUAGCAAGAUGUUUUUUUUUUUUUGUCCCAUUAGCAUUUUAUUUACAAGCUCAUUUCGUUGCAGUGUGUUAAUACAAAGCAGACUUAAUGCUGUGGGUAUGAAGAUUAAUUUCUGUUAUAAUGCCAGAGGAGUGGUGUCUGCCAUGACUUCAUAUAGUAGCAUCAGAAGCAGCAUGCGUAAGAUAUGACCAAACCUCUGUUUUGCCAAGAGGUGUAAUGGAGACACAGGUGUUAAGAAAUGUAACACAGGUAUAACACUGGCAAUAAUGUCUUUAGGUGCAGUGGACAGGUAGUGUUGGCUUAUAGACCCCACCUGUGCUACACUAGACACUGUGACACAGGGUAUCUAUUGUGCUUUGGCCAGUUAUACAACUGUAUAAUCAGCAUAGUAACUCUAAAAACAUGGAUUCAUACUUACAUUUAUCCAGACUGUUUUGUUUUGUUUUGUUUUGUUGUAAUUCUCACCACGCAGUGUGAUCCCAUCGUGUUAUUAUUGUCUAAUAAGAUAUGCAGCCUUUCUAAGCUGUUCUUCACAAAAUCUAUCUUCAUAUUUAUGCAAUGUUUUAUUAGUUAUGAGGCCUAUUCUUGCCUUUAUGAGAAAACAAUCAGAAGGAUGAUGUUGGUUUCCAAUUCACGGCUUCUCAUUUGUGCGUUAAGGGAGAAUGUCGGGGGUAAACUAUUAAAUUAAAGCUAUAUGUGCAUACAUCUUGUGA